AUGAACGUGCCGUUAGGCAAAGGAGUCUACCACGAUCUACCACGAGCACUUACAAGACUGAAGACACUAAAGGUCGAAGGCCAAUGGGUAAAUCCCAGAUACGAGACGUUGAGUAACGAUCAAUACGAAGAUAAGGAAUAUCCGUCCCCUGAAAACGACUGGCUGGAACCGUUACUACCGCCAGCACUGGACUUCAUAACAGCAGUACGUCCAGGGCUGGAGAGUCUUACUUGGACCGAGAGUGGCCCUGUCCGAAAUGAAGUUCUCGAGACUGUUUUGAAGCAUCAUGGAUCUUCGCUCACGGAUCUGGAAUGGACAAAUACAGAGCCAAAAGCGUCUUCCUUUUCAGAGGAGCAGUUACGGAGUUUAGGACAAUGGGCCCCGGGAUUGACGAACUUGACUAUUAACUUGGGUCGGGUACAUGGCGUGUGGCCAUGGAAGCAUCUCAAAGCUGUCGCCGAGAGUCUACCUAGAUUGACCAACCUGACCAUCUACCUUGAUAUGUAUGACGAGUCGUCAAACUUUGAUUAUUGGAAGUUGUUACCAGCAAAGCUUCCAUUGACGCAGGAGGCCUCACUCGACAUGUUCAACAUUCUUAAUCUGUUCAAGACUGGCGACAAGAUUCAAAACGUCGAGUUUAGGCAGGGCGAUUGGGAGGCACCCACUGAUGGUCCAAAGAUAUGGGAAGGGGAUUGGGCAAUUCGGGGGCCAAGAAUGUGGACGAAAUGUACCUUGGACGUGCAGCGAAAAUGGUCGAAGCCAACAUGUGAAGAAGGGCAUGAGGAUAAGGUUGAGGUUGAAUGGCGAAAGCCUAAGCGGUCGACCUGA